AUGUCUUUUGUCCGUCACUUUUUGGCCUGCGUUUUUGGAAGUGGUGCUUGGGUUGCCAUUAAUGGCCUAUGGGUGGAACUUCCACUCAUUGUGAAUGAUCUGCCAGAAGGAUGGUACCUGCCAUCGUACCUUACAAUCAUCAUCCAGUUGGCUAACAUUGGACCCCUCUUUGUCACUCUCAUGCAUAAACUAAGGCCUAAAAAGUUGAAUGAAGUUGCUGUCAUUUAUGCAAUAAUUGUUUUGGGAAUAGUAGCUUCUUUUCUUUUGGCAUUUUUUUGGAAAAAUACAACAUGGAUAGGAGGACAACUUCAUAGUACAGCUUUUCUUGUUUUAACUUUUUUCUUAUCACUUGUGGAUUGUACUUCAUCCGUAACAUUUUUACCUUUCAUGAUGCAAUUGGAUGCCAAAUACAUAACAACAUAUUUCAUUGGUGAAGGACUUAGCGGAUUUAUUCCAGGUGUGUUAUCGUUGAUUCAAGGAGUUGGAAUGGUCAGAUGUGUUAACACUUCUCAACAUGAGAACUUAACAAACUUGUACAACAGCACAGAGCAGCCGUACAUCAUAGAAACCCAAUAUCUCCCUGCUAAUUUUUCAGUUCAAGUGUUCCUAUUUCUCUUAUUUGUACUGAUGGUUUUCUGUCUAGUGGCAUUCGUGUUCCUAACAAGACUGUCUAAGAAAGACAAUUCCAAUGAAGUUUUGCUUAAAAGUACAAUCAAUCUCAAUUCAUGUGCCACUGUGGACAACUUAGAUCAUUCAUGUGACCUGCAACCACAUGAAAGUGUCACAGCUCAGCACAGUUACCCGCAACCUGACUUUGAAGAAAAUAAUAUAAAGUAUUCCUGUGGCCAAUAUGCUCUGAUCUACACCCUGACUGCCUGGGUGAAUGCUCUUACUAAUGGUAUCCUUCCAUCAGUACAGACAUACUCGUGCAUGCCAUAUGGUACCUUGGCAUAUCAUCUUACAGCCGCGCUUGGUUCAAUGGCAAAUCCCCUGGCAUGUCUUAUUGCAAUGUUCAUACCUUGCAGAUCCCUUCUUACCCUUGUACUGGUGUCACUGGUUGGGACAGGAUUUGGCGCGUACAACAUGACCACAGCGGUAAUGAGCCCUUGUCCCAUUCUGCAUGGUACCAACUGGGGUGUCGCUCUAAUUGUGAUCUCGUGGGUUCUCUUCAUCGGCCUGCUAAGUUAUGUUAAAGUAAUGAUCGGGGUGAUCCUGCGCAGUCAGAGUCACAGUGCCCUUGUGUAUUGUGGAGCUGUGGUGCAGCUGGGAUCCAUGAUUGGCGCUUUGGUCAUGUUCCCACUGGUCAGUGUAUAUGGCUUCUUCAAGUCUUCAGAUUUUUGUACUACAAAGUGCCCUCAAUAGAUCUCUAACAUUACCAGUAGUAAGUAGAAGAGAAUACACCCUGUUAUCUCUUUAACCUUCAUCAUACCAGGAUUAAAUGCUCACAUAAAAAAAAAAAUCCUUCUUCUUGUAUAGAACAUGUAUGCUGUAUGGACAGCCUGUAUUUAUUGUAAUUCCUUUUUUUGUACUUUAAAUUGACUUUCACUUCACUAAUGGGCACAUCAUCCGACUGAUUUUACUGCCCACCUGGCACAAAUGUAAGCCAAUAUUAAGCUAAAAUGAGCUAUUUUGUUUUUAAUGUUUGUUGCACAAAUUAUCAUUAAAUCAAAAAUAAUCUGUGCUUUGGAUAGCUUAUGAAACAUUAAUAAAUAACAGAAAGGGCAAGAUUUAUGACAGGGUGAAUGCCCCGAUUGGUCGCUGUCUCGCUCAUUUGAGGCUGCAGCUGAUAUUUAUAAAGCAGCGGUUUAAAACGCUGCUUCAUAAACCCUCUCUGCCAAACCCUACUCCCACGCAAUUUUUUUGCGUGAGGGUAGGGGUACGGUAUUGCACUAGGGUCCCCUCGUGCAAUGAUAAAUAUGGGGAACACAUUCACCUUUAAAAUUUGCGAUAAGAUGCGGACAGGUUCACUACAUGUGAAUCCUGUCAGCUCGCAAAUUGAUAAAUCUUGCCUAAAAUGUUACAAAAUUGAAAAAUAUUACACUGCCCCCACAGUUACUUAAUAAGGCCACCAGUGUCAACAUUGGUCUAGUUUCCAUUGAGGUGGUAAAGUUUGGAAACGGGUGAUAACUUAAAAAAAUCUCCUUAGACUUUAAUGAAGAUAAAUGCUUAUAUUACCAGCUUCCACAAUCUACCACCUCAAUGGGAAUUAGGCCAUUAUCUGCUACUCAUAUAUUCUGCUUCAAAUCUUUAAGAGACAUUUGUAUAUCACAUGUUGAAAUCUCUAAAAAGAUAAAUCUCACUUUGCACUUUCUCAUCUUAGAGAGAUGGUUCUACACUAACCUACUGUCCUAUCAAACUGAAUCCUUAGAAUACGGUAAUUUAGAAUACUGCUUGUUAUUGUGAAUACCCUUGUGUGGUAAAUACCACUACCACUGGCAUGUAUGCACCCACAACCCAUUCUGCAGAUUCUUAUAAACCUCUGUCAGGUAGCGAUAAAUAAACGCCUUUGUUCUCA